AUGGCAGCGGAACAGAAGACCACGCCGUUGGCUAAAAAUGAACGCCGACCAUCUGCUUCGCUAUACGACAUGCGCAACCUCAUGGUGUCCACUCCUCUAGGUUCGGCGGCUGGCGGGUUCCGAACCUUGAGGGCGGUGACGCCGUGGAGUGCAGAAGGACCCAACCCGACCACCGUGGUGGCAUCGGUGUUUGUCAUCUCUUGCGCCACAUUCGCCCUGGCGGCCAUGGUCCUCAGCAGCUGGGAGCACGGUUGGCGCGCCACCGACCCCCUGUGCACGACGGACGACUGCCGGCAGCACGCGCAGCGCCUGUCGCAAGCCCUGGACCGCAAGGCGGGUCCCUGCGGAGACCUGCAGCGCUUCACGUGCGGCUCCUGGUCGUACGACGCGCAGGUGCCUCUGGUCAAGAGCGUCGUCCAGGCGUCCGAGAAGUCCUGGUUCGGCCGCAUCGCCGAUCCGGCCUUCCUCGAUUCGCGCGGGACGCCGGCGACGGCCGCACAGUUCGAACCGUCGGCGGGCGUACGCAAGGCUGUGGAGCUGGUGCGCCAGUGUAUCGAGAGGGAAGGCGAGACGCCUGAGGCUACGGAGCAGCUAUGGCGUAAGUUUCUGGACGACAACGCGUUCAUCUGGCACCGGCUCAACGAGAACGUGACCGGCCACUCGGUUAGCGCCAUCGAGCGGCUCAUCGUGUUUGCGGUGCGCUGGCGGCUUCCCAUUUGGUUGGACGUGCACCUGACUCCAGGGACCGAAAGCGGAGCCCGAACCAUCCACCUGCUGGCCUCGCCUCUUGUGCCGCUUUUAUAUCGGAUUCACAACGAUCUGGGUUUUAUGUCGGCUGGAACACAGUGGGUGUGGAAGUUCCUGCUGUCCGCCGCGGGGCGCACCAUGACGGACGUCGAUAAAGAGUGGCUCAAGAGGACCAUGGUGCUUCACGCACGUGCGACGCAGCUCCUGUAUCGACUGAUGGAGACGCAGGACCUUCGGAAACCCGCGGUCAUUCCGCUCUCGAAGUUGGCGACGGUCGGUGGGUCGCUGUCCCCGCACAUGUGGUCGUCGGCGCUGCAGGCGGCGUUCCAGCUGGACCCGCCCGUCACCGCGGACCGGGACUCCCUGCACGUGUCCAACGUCCGGCUGCUGGAGACGCUGGAGCUGCUGUUCGCCGAGCACGGCGAUCGCCAGAUGCUGGUGGACGUCGAGUGGUCCGUCGGCCAGCUGUUCGGUCCCUUGAUCCUCUCCAAGAUGGUGCACGUCCUCAGGAACGACCGGUACACGUCGGGCUUUCUGGAGCGACUGUGCGGCCAGCACGUGGAGUCCGUGUUUGGCUACGCCCUGGCACAGUACGACAAGGAACUGCGCAGUACCGAGGAACGGGAGAGGCUCUACGAAAUGCUCGGCGUCAUCAAGGACACCGCCGUGGAGAAAGCGAGCGGCGCCGUGUCGAUCGCGUCGCCGGAGCUGAGGGCGGCCAUCGUGAGUCGCGUGAACGCCACGAGGACCGUGGUGUGGGGCGAUUCCGUAGACGUCUCGGAGGCCGCCAACAAGGACUCGGCGGAAGAGAGGCAGGACCAGGAGUGGCUCAUCUUCUGGACAUUCUACGCCAACGUGCCCGUCGACGGGACGCUGUACUUCGAGCGAUGGCAUUCGGCCCUGCGAUACACGCUCGAGUGGCGCAGCCCGCUCAAGCACGUCCUCCUUCAAAGGCUUCGUGGCAUUUGCUUGGAUAGGCUCGUCCAGUACGACCCCGCUGCGAAUGCCGUCGUACUAUGCCCGUCGUGUUUGAGCGCGCCGUUCUUCUACGGCCGCGCACAGAAUUCUGUGCUGUACGGCGGCCUGGGCUACCUGUACGCGCGUGCGCUGGCCUCGGGCGUGGACUACGCGCCUCCCUUCUGGUCCGUCACCGCCAACGCCACGUCGUCCCAGAUUGCAGAGUCGGUGACAGCUAGCGUGGUCGUCAAGCGAUUCAGGAGGAACGCGCCCCCGUUUCCCAAGGAGAACGUACCGCAUGGCUCGAAUACCUCAACACUGAAAGCUGCCUCGAUCGACAACACGAAAGUAAUCUCGAACGGGCUACCAUCGACAUCGAUAUCUCCAGCGCGGAGAGUGCGCGAAGAAGAUGGAACGCCUUGGUCCGCAACGCCAGUAUCCUCUACAGCAAAGUCGAUCCCACCGCUCAACCAGACGUCGGUAGUCGUUGCAUCCUCCACGCCUGUGAUGCCGGUUCGGGCACAACGUUUCGCCACUGAAGCCGGUGCAGAAGUAUUCACGUCGAUCGCGAACCAGGCGUCGAUGGAUCAGACGCAGACGGACAUCUGCAAGUCGAGUACCCUAUCGCCGGCCCGUGUGUCUCUACGAAGAGUUAAGAGAGGAGCCCGGCACUAUGUGACGUCAGGGCGUUCCUCGAGCUCCACGAAAGAACCCUCUCGCCUUGAAGCAGCAUGGCCUCCAAGAUCGGGCGGCGCCCACGGGCUUUCAGAAGACGGCGGCUUGUCGUCUGGGCCGAAGUUGCCUGCGGUAACGCCGGGCGGCGCGACGUCCGCACGCGUCUCGAGGUUGAGCGUGACGUCCGCGCUUCAGGAGGAGGGUCCCUGCAGCAGCGAGGCUGCCGACGUCUCGUUUCUGGACGUAGCCGCGCUGGACAUCGCGUACGAGGCCUUCGCGAAGCUCCUGAGUCGGGGGGAGAACGUACGCCUCAAGGACCUGCCCGAAUUCACCACCGAACAGAUUUUCUUCCUGACGGCGUGCCACACCCGCUGCGAGCGGGUCCUGCGUCCGGAGAUCAGGGUCUGCAACGAUGCCGCCCUCAACGUCGGGGCUUUCGCCAAGGCGUUCAGCUGUCCCGCCGGAACGUUUAUGAACCCGGCUGUUCGCUGCCCGUUCACGUGGCCGCGUUCCUCGACGCUUGGACAAUAA